AUGGAUGAAUAGUUGAAUAUAACUAAUGGAGAGUAUUUUAAAUUAUUGGAAAAAGGAGUAAAAAUUACAAGGGGAGCUGUUUAGAAAUAAUAAAAUAUUACAGAUUAUCCAAAUAAUACUCAGCUACUUAAUGAACAAAGUUCUGGGGAAUAAGGAUUGAGUAGCUCUUAUCAUUAAAGUAGUUUGAAUUAGUAGUCUAUGCAUAAUGAGUAGUUGAAGAAGUCUUUAAAAUAAAAAAAAAUUCAACAAAAGAAAUUGCCUAAUUCAUGUACUUCAUGUGCAAGUUAACUUAUUGAGAAUUCUUUGUGUGAUGAAUGUGUAAUUAAAUAUGAGAAAAAUAAAUAUUGUAUUUUAUGCAAAAAAACUAUAUUUGAAAAAGAUAAAGCAAUAAACAAAUUUUAAUGCGGAGAUUGUGAAUAAUAUGUUCAUAAGAAGUGUGAACCUUUAUUUUAAGAUCGAAAACCUUUUUUCAAUUCAUAUAGAUGUCCUAAAUGUCGCAUAGAAAUUAGAAAAAUAAUUUUUUCUGAACUUAUCAGAUAUUUAACAUAUUUUGAUGACGAAAAAUUAUUAUGGCAAUAUGAUCCAAGUUCUAUAAAAUAUAAAGAAGUUAUAAAAAAUCCAAUAGAUUUUGAUACUAUUCAUAAGAAGAAUAAAAAGGGGGAAUAUUUGGAUAAUCCUGAAUUUAAGCUCUAUUAAGAUAUUAAAUUGUUGCUGUCAAAUUUUUUAGAGUAUAAUUUAUCAAAUCCAAA